AUGGAACAAAUCGUACUAGGUCCUAACAUCAAAACUAAACAAGGUUUUGAAAUAGCUUUGGCUUACGCAAAUAACAAGACCUUGCACGUAACCUUCGACAAAAUUAUUGGUUCUAUGAUUAAUGAAGCUGAGGAUAGACUGAAUGUUGAUCCAAAUGCUAUAGUCGAUGAUCUUGCUUCAUUUGUUGCUAAUGCUUGUUUUUAUGGUAAAACAAUUGAUUUGCUUGGUAACACGAUUAUUAAUUGUAAUGAUCACCAUAUGAAACCUUUUUUAAGACAAUGUUUAUCUCAUCUUGAUAAGAUGAUUACUAGAAUCGAAGCAUUACCUAAUGAAAUUCUUUUGUGUAUAUUUUCUUAUCUUGAAUGGUUUGACAUGUUAACAUGUUUAUGUUCAUUGAAUAUUCGAUUUAAUUCUCUUAUAUGUUCAAUUCUUUCAGUAAAUAACGAUUUAAUGAAUAGUGAUCUUGGUAUUAAACGUGGUUUAUCUUAUAAUAAAUGUUAUUCAAUAUUAUUUCCAUUGAUUUUAAAUUCUUCGUCUCUUUCUUCUUCUAUUCGACGUAUUCAUUUAGAUGGAAGUAAUUCAUCUGCUUAUGAUCUUUGUUAUGAGUGGUUAUUUAAUGACAAAAAUUUACUUCAUUUUCCUAAUCUUAAAUCAUUUGCUCUUACUCAAUGUGGAUCAAUUAGAUCAAUAGUUCAAAGUUUAUUAUAUCUUAUUCAAUACCAAUUAGAUAGCCUUACAUUAACAUUUGACAAUAUAGGCUUGCAUGAAAUGCUUUAUGUCAAAGAAGAAACAAUUAGAGUUUCUGAUAUAGAUAAUUAA